AUGUCUAGUGGGCAAGAUUCUCAUGUUCGUCGUUCCGACGCUUCUGAUCGUCCCCCUAAACGCCGGAAAGUGGCAAUUGCUUGUGAUGAAUGCCGUGCCCGGAAGGUCCGCUGUGACGGGAGACAACCCAUCUGUGGGCCGUGCGCAAAACGAGUGGACCAGGGAAGCCAAUGUGUUUACACUGGAGAAUUGGAGAAAAAGCGAGCAGUUCGCAAUUAUAUCGAAAGUCUGGAAAGUCGAAUCAAGCAUCUAGAGAGUCCUCAUUCCCUCUACAACGGUGGCGAAGGAGUGCCUGUGCAAUCACAUGAUGGCUCGGACCAUUUGCAGCAUUAUACUUCUCCCUCUAUGGGAGCAUCGGUGGUGUCUCCAUCGGGGCCAUCAGGACUGUCAGUUCGCCAUAAUCGACCUAGGAGCAUUGUCUCUGUAACGACUACAAAUGCGGAUCAUCUUUCUCCAGCAAGAAGCACCUCACAAUGUACACCGAAAGCGAAUGCCCGUCUUGUUACCGGGCAAACUUCUUAUCAGUCUCCAAGCUCGCUGGACCAGUCGCUUCGACUGAAAGACCCAACGGACAGUGUCAAUGCCAUGAUGGGUGCCGUGGAGGAUGAGCGUCCCACGCAGGGCUUUUUUGGCAGCUCUAGUGCCGCCAGCUUUAUACGUCAGAUCAAAACUGUCAUAGAUAAGAAGGUUUCCUCGCCGAAUCGCCACACUUCAGAUUCGAUUCUAGGGGUCGGUCCGCCUCCCAGUUUGAUGUCCACAAAGAAGCCGCGGCCACCUACAGUCCCUAAUUAUGUCCUCCCCCCACGGAAGACAGCCGAUAGCCUCAUGGAGGUAUACUGGGAGUUUGUUUUUCCACUAUAUCCCCUCGUUGAUAGUCUCCAGUUGAGAAGAGAAUAUGAGAGGAUCUGGACAGGGGAGGUUCUUCAAUCAGAUGAGAACAUGCUUAUGUGUACCGUCAAUGUCAUCUUUGCAUUAGCCUGUCAACUGGCUGAUUUCAUCCCGCCAGAGGAGCGAGAGGCUUCUGCAGAUGCAUUCUUUACUCGUGCAAAGGAUCUUCUUCAAUUUAAUCUCUGGAACACAGGUUCCGCUGCUCUGAUUCAAUGUCUGCUUCUCAUGGCCCAGUAUUUGCAAAGCACCGAUUCCGCCCAUCAGUGCUGGAUUGUCACCGGACUGGCGAUUCGCAAUGCCCAAGGGCUUGGCUUGCAUCUUCCCCAGACGAUCGCUCGUCUACAUAAUCCCCAGGAACAGCAGCUGGCUCGCAAAAUAUGGCACGGAUGUGUCCUGAUGGAUCGGGUUAUAUCUAUGACAUUUGGGCGCCCUGCCAUGAUCUCUAAGGCGUCAUGUGGCUCGGUUCCUCUUCCAGCUACGGUGGAUGAAGAGUAUAUCCCUGCAGUGUCUGGGUCCGAAGUGACACAGCCAGCAGACCGGCCAUCGGUCAUGGCGUUCUAUGCAAAGUCUCUUGAACUUUAUGAGAUCUUGAAUGACAUUCUGUUGAGCCUUUAUAGCCCCACAACCGAUGAAAGCCCAGAAGACAUUUAUGACUAUUACUUCAACAAGGAAGCAAAUCAAGGAGAGCGGACGAUAUUUGAACUUGAUCGGGCACUUACGAAGUGGUCCCGAAGCCUACCAUCACACUUACGAGGUGAAUCCCAUCUAGGAGGCGGAUAUACGGUCUUCUACCACCAAAGUGUUGUAUUGCGUGCAAGAUACUGCACUUCACGUGAAAUUGGGGUCGUGGAUCCCUUGAUUUCCCUGCAAGACUCUUUUCCUCAGCGGGUUGCAUUGCAAUGCUCGACCAUAUGCGUAAAGGUUGCGCAAGAGGUUAUCGGGCUAAUUCACAGUAACUUGCCCGCCGAUGGAAGUUCGGGCCCCCUUCCUGCUUGGUGGUACAACAUUCUGUCCGGUCGUCUAUGUUCUGCUAUAUUAGAAGAGGUGACUGAAGCUGCAAUGACGCAAUCAUGGGAGAACGCUUUGGAAGUAUUGCAAAGAUAUCACAGCCACAUGUCCGAAGGGCCUCCACUCCAUGACCACCCAGCGAGCACUUUUCCUUCAAAUCCUGCAUCUAAUGGUCUGGGCGACCUCUCCUUAGGGGAGGGUAUCAAUUCAAUACUGUUGGAUGGCCUUGAAUUCCCAGACUUUCAAGAUAUGUCAUGGUUGAACAGUGUUCCAAGCAAUUUAUUCUGA